GGCAAUAAUGAAGAAAAUUAUUGCAAAGAAACAGACAGAUUGUUAGCCGAUGAAGGUGACAAGCAAAAGAAGAAGAGGGGAAAAAAGAUAAAAGAAAGAAAUCCCUCUCUCGCAAAGACUCUUUGGAGUGGAUUAUUUGGAGUAGACUUUGCAAAAGCUGUUAUGUUCCAGCUCUUAAAUGAUCUGCUGGUUUUUGUUCAGCCUCAGUUGCUAAGGUACGGUGUAAUUACAGUCAGUUACAGUCAAUUUAAAGUGGUGAUCCACAUUAAUUAUUUUCCAUGAUUUUAAUACGAAAGUUGUGCCCGUUUAGUGACAAAAUAAUGGGCAGAAAUCUGUUGCCAGUUUUGUUUUUGGCAGUUUCCCUAAGCAGCCUAAGCUGUAGGGAAUCCGCUACAAUGGUGAGUAGAAAACGAAGGCCUAAAAGCUAAGACCCAAAAAAGAAGAUCCCCCUCAAAAUCACUUAAUAAUAUCUAGAAACGGGUAGCUCGACCAUAGAUGUGUAAGAAACAAUAAUAUCUUCAAUCAUACAAAAUUUCGAUCAGGGUCUUCGUUUUCUACAUAAUCCCCCCGGUGCGUGGAAAACGAAGACCCCCCUCGGUCAAAAUCACUUGGAAACGGCUGGAAACUGCUUUUACGACUUCUAGACACUAAAGGAGUGUAAGAAUCAACACGACUCCUGACGAUUUUAAUGUCAUGGAAUGGGACAUUUUGAUGGCGAUCACGGCGGAAGACAUGACUUCGAACACUUUACAGCAAAGGAUGAUUCCGAAGAAAACUCACACGAAGACCCAGGUCGAAUUUCAGCCGUUUCCAAGUGAUUUUGAGGGGGGUCUUCGUUUUGUACACACAGGGGGGAGGGGGAGGGGAUUAUGUAGAAAACGAAGACCCUGGUCGAAAUUUUUUAUAAUUGAAGAUCUUGUUGUUUCUUACACAUCUAAGGUCGAAAUACCCGUUUCUAGAUAAGUGAUUUUUAGGGGGGUCUUCGUUUUAUGGUCUUAGGUCUUAGGUCUUCGAUUCGUUUUCUACUCACCCUCCGCAACAACGAGUUGAGCAGCACAUAACCAAAUUACGUGCUCUGUAAAGCGUGAAGUGGAAACAAGGGUACAUUCAAACGCAUUUUUUUCUGGUAGGUUGGUGAAUAACAAUAGAAUAUAAAGUCAAACUCUGUGUGAUCACAAGAUUAGUUGAAAACAGCAAGUCUAUUUGUCUUGUUUGGGCUUACUAAUGUGCGCGGCUAUACUUUGCCUAAAUCAGGGGCACUCAACGGCGGUUUCCUCCGCGUAAAUACAUUGAAAGUACCGCUUUUAAGGCUAUCUUGAGUACUUUAAGUUCUCUAGAAAUGCAUUCUAAGGGACGCUAUAAAAUUUAUAUCUGUUCGGUCAUCCAAGGGGAACUUUAGUCUUUUCUAAAUUACAAGGAUUUCAGUAUUAUUUUCCCGAAAAUUUUAGAAGCAAUUUAACCUAUUACGAAAGUGAUAACUUUCCAGAUUCCUCUCUCCGUCGCAGUUUUGAAUCCGAAAAUUUUAGAUUUCCUUUUUUUUACGAAAAAUAGCUUAACCCGGGUAGUGAAAUGUGAAAAAUUAAACUUCAGGAAAUCAUAGGGAAUUUAUUAGAUAAGCUUCGAAAAUUGUACAUGAAUGGAACGGUCAUCUAGAAAUUUUCAGCCGUCUCCAAGUAAUAGAAGAUUCCAGGUAUAAUAUUUACUUCUCCGAACAGAUAUUUGACAGGAAACAGUCGUUGAGCGCCCCUGCUAAAUAGCUGUUAUCAUCAGUAUUGUGUUGUGAAAAUGAUUAGCUUUGCACUCGCCUCUUUUUCUUACACUUCUAUCAUAAUCAUGUCCUGCUACAACGGUGUACCAAGUUCGAAUGCAAAUCUGUGUUAGGUUCCGCCUUUACUGGGGAAUCACUUUAAUAACUGGCAGGCAACACACAUGUAAUAAUAUUAUUAUAUGAGGCUGUGUAUGAUGUGAACAAUGCUUUUCUCGGAGACUGUUAUCCUCCUCGGCCGAAUUGUUAUUCAUUCAAAAUAUUUUUAAGUUCUUAACAAGCUUACCUCCUCGUAAACCUUCUUCAAAACUUUGGCGCAUUUCUCCGCACAGUUUCAGGAUUUAAAGCAAACAGAUGUUUUUUUUCUGGCAGAUACUCCUCAAAAAGUAGAUCCGUGGAGCAGUAUGUUUUUCAUAUUUUUGUAUUUCUUCCGUUAAGUUGCAGUAAGAAAUUCAGCUAGUUCGUCUUCGGAUAGCCGUGAACACCACUUUUAAAGUUAACUAUUUCCCCAGCAGCCUCGUUUCCAGGCAAAUAUACUAUCAACCAACCUCGUUUCCAAACAAAUAUACCAUUGAUUCGAUUGUAUAUUGCUCACAUCUUCCAAUUAUGGUAAGCACCAGUUGGUUAUGAAGAAUUAACGGGGGAAUUGGAGUCAAUCAGACACUGCGAAAUAUUUUGAAUGAAUGAAUGAAUGAAUGAAUAAUAAUAAUAAUAAUUUUAAAAAAACACUUUAUUUGAGUGUCAAUGUAUUUAGCACUUAAGUACUAACUGGGCACCCUAUUUUUACGUCUCCUACUGGAGACGGGGCCGCCAUUUUACAUGGUCAUCCCAGUGACGCGAAGGUCCAGCCAUUUGCAGUGGAAAGGCAGUUCCUUCAUUUCUCAGUCAUUUUAAGACGCUGAGUGUUGGUCUGGUCCCGAGAAUCGAACCCGCGACCUCCCGCUCUGCAGUCAAGCGCUCUACCGGCUUAGCUAAUCCUGCCGCAGUUUAAAUCUAUAAUAUAAUAUAAUUUGAAUGAAUAAUAUAUUAAACUACAGGUUACAACAUUUUCUACGCACUACCUUAUAGGUUGUUGGUUGAAUAUACUGAUCGUGAACACAAAAGUGAUUUGUUUGGGGAAUGGAAAGAAUGGAAAGGUUAUCUCUAUGCCGGAGCAAUGCUGGUGACCUCAUGUAUUCAGUCUCUUGCUUUUGGGCAGUUUGUUUAUCUGAUGAACACAAUCGGUAUGAGAAUCAACACAGCUUUAAUUGGCUUAGUUUAUGAAAAGGUAAUCAAGAUGCUUAUAAAUUUUAAUGUUGAUACCUUAGUUUCUAAGCCUGGGUAUUAAUAUCACUAUUGCUAUCAUUAUCAUCAUCAUUGUCAUUAUUAUGACGAUGAAAAGUAGACAGUAUCUCUUCUCCAAGGGCCGAGUUCAUACCAUGAAUCUAGGGCACUAGAGGGUUGCUUUGUCUAAGUCCUAACCAUCUUCAUUGUCGCUUGAUGCAUAGGACUUUCCGUAGAAUAUGUGCUGUUCCUACAAUGUUGCCUUUUGAAUAUCCUGGAGGUUAAUCAUUUUUCCUGGAAUUUGACUGAUGAACUUCUCAGAACCGUUGCCCGUUGCUAGUGACAACAUUGACUUAAAAACUGAUCCGGAGCCAGAGAUAAGACUCGAACUAGACGCUAAGCGGUCUUACUUGAUCUUUGAGUCUUACGUAAGGCUUACUUAUGUACGAAUGGCGUUGUUCAAUUCGACGUAUCUUAUGUUUUCCUGGUAUAAAUAGCCGUAGUAUAUAUCUCCUCAAUCUAUAGAGUGUUUUCACAUGACGUCACGGCGGCCAUAUUGGUGUCCCAAAACAAUGAAACGGCGGCCAUGUUGGUGUCCCAAACCAAUCCUGUGGGAGUUGAACUCUUUUCUUAUGCAAACGCUUUCUUUUGUUCCAAUAAAUUUGCAUAGCUGCUGGCCACGUGAGUGAAAACACUCUAUAGGAUCCGUUGAAGUAGGAUUUUUAAUUUACUUUUAAAGAGUGUUAUCCUAACUUCAUAAAGGCCCCGGUGAAUAUAAUGCACUUGAUGUCAGUUCCCGAGGAAAUAGUUACUUUCUUUUUCCUGAGAGUCCUGAUGUUUCCCUUGACUGUUAUGCUCCUAGAUUUCCACUUUAACAGCGACAAAGACUAAAGAGCGAAUCAAGAAAUGUGGACUAGAUACUUAUAAGAACACAAAUUAACUCAAAAUCGCUGAACGAAUGAUUAAACAAAUUACUUGAGAAAGUAUGCCAAAUAUCUGUUAAACGGAACAACAGUGACCAUGUUAUUACCUUAUAAAUUUAAUAUUUAAGGCUUUGAUGGUGAAAUUCAAGUCCCAUGGAGAAUCAACUGCUGGAGAACUUGUAAACCUGAUGUCAGUGGAUGCACAGCGUGUGAUGCGAGUGAUGACAUUCAUCAACAACUUCUGGUCAAGCCCACUUCGGAUCGGUGUUGCUUUGUAUUUGCUUUAUAACACUCUUGGAAUCUCUGUUCUGGCAGGGAUAGGGGUUGUGCUGCUUGCCCUGCCACUCUUUGGAGUUUUUUCAAGUAGAAUGUUUGCUCUCCAGGUAACUUUGCAUUCAUUAUUUCGUUAUUAUUGCUACCGGGCUAUGCGGUACGUGGCUACGCCGCGUCUGCGCGGAUACACAGCCACGCAACUACACUGCUACGCGGCUACGCGGCUGCAUGGCUACGCGACUCCACAGCUACACGGUGAUGCAGCUGCUUAGCUUCUCGGUUAUGAAAGGUUUCAAGCGUCGAGGAGAGACGACGGUAUUCGCAGGCUAAUGACCCAUUGGUUUGUCAAUAUUUCUUGUCUAGCAUGGGAUCAGGCUCCCUAGUGGGGUGAAUCGAGCGGAGCGAGCCGAGUGGUGGACUGAGGAGGGGGGAAAGGCGGCCAGACUACUGCCCAGACUGGCGCUUCGCUCGCCUUUGGCCUUUGGCAUUUUUCCCCCUCUGCGGAGCCUGAGCUGGUCCCAGGCUAUCUUUCGUUAAUUUCAAUCAGAAUAACUGAAAUUCCUGGUGAGAGAUUCUCUUACUGAAACCUGCGUUCUUAAUAAUUAUGGUUAAAAAGAGGCAAGGAGUUAUUUUUGCUGUCUUAGACUAUGGUCAUGAACGCCAACUGAUGUUCAUGUUUUCAUUUGCAGGGUGAGCAAAUGACUAAAAAAGAUGAAAGACUAAAAUUAAUAAAUGAAGUUUUAAAGGGAAUGAAGGUAUGGCUGCUUACUUACUUUUGUUUUUGGUUAUUUGUUUCUCUGUCGUUUGCGUACGUGUUGACUCCGCUGCCAUUUGCUUUGUGACUAAAGAAUCAGCGAUGCAGAUCGGAUUUCAGGGCCGUAGCUAGCAUGAGGCAAGACGAGGCAGUUGCCUCGUCUUGAUUUUGGCCUUUUUUUGUUUGAAGAAACUUCAGCUCACUGAGAAGGCUUAAAACCUGGUCUCGAACAAGCAUGGUUAAUGGGAGGCUGAACGGGCUUGCUUUAGCGUACAUUCAUGAACCAACGGAAAUUGACAGCAGUUCUGUUUUAAAGAGAUGGGAUGCCUCUGGCCACAGACGGAUUCCCGUAGCUUUCGGUACAGAAUAAACGACGGGCAAAAAACUUUCACUUUACUAACUGUUAAGGGAGAAGUUUAUUACUCUUAAUCAUGAAAGUUAGUGGCUUCUUAGUCCUACAAGUAUAAGAGAUGGCAAUAUUAUGACAUGGCUAUCUCAAAGUUGAAGAACAUAAGCAAGAGUGUAUCGAAACAGAUAAUUGAUAAGUGAGCGUGAUUCUGUACAUCAUCUAUUAGAGCUAACUUCAAAAAAAAGUGUUACCUAAGACUUCUCCUAAUUAUUUACAGUAUAAAUUCCAUAAACGUUGGCUACUCUGGUGGAUUCAUUUUAUUGUUGUAAUACGUGUCACAACUUUUGAAUGCUUUAAAAUGCAGAUGGUCAUUAACUUGGCAUCAGUGUCGCUAAGCAACAAAAAAGUGAACUUCUACACUUGCCCAAGAUUGACUUUUCUGAAGAAAAAUGCCACGGGAAAUGCUUACCAGAGCAUUUCUGAGCCUCUAGAUUUCAAAAUUUUCUGAGGUGGCAUGCCCCCAGACCCCCCUAGCGGCUCACGCCUUCGGCGCUCGAAACUUGCCUCCUCUUGUUAUGAAGUCUGGCUACGGCCCUGAUUUCUUAUAUAAUUUUUCUUGUUCGAAUCAUAGGUCCUCAAGCUAUACGCAUGGGAACAGUCCUUCAUGAGAGAAAUCAAGCAAACACGCAACAAAGAGCUCAGGAUUUUAAGAAAUAUGGGUUUCUGGUUUUCGGGGCUUCUAUUUCUAUUUAACACUGCUCCAACUUUGGUAAGCGACAAAGUAAACUGAAAUAGACCAUUUUACUGGUGUGUACUGAUUAUCCUGUCCUUGAAUAGAAGCGAGGCUGGCGGUGACCUUGUUUUGAUAGAAACCUCACUUCGUUUCAAAUGUAAAUUGUGCUCUUAUGCAUAAAUGAACUCUGACAUUUUUAUCAAAAAAAAGUCACCGCAAGCCUCGCUUCCAUUCAAAGGCUAUUCGGCUCUCGUAUGUUUUCAUAACUUUGAAGAAUUAUACAGGUCGAACAGGAUGUUAUUCAGCGUGCAUCUGCACGGCGAAUGAUAACUAAAACAGCCUUUACUUUACACAAAUAACAUUAAAUACACGUGCAAACUAGUAUAUACUAACCUCUGAAUGGAUUAUGCUAACAACUACUUACCUACUCACCUACAAUUGGCAAUUACUAAAUUGGGCUUUCGUGUGAUAUGAAGAAUUAUGCAGAUGGAGGGGGGCGUUUUCCACGCGAGAAGGUUAACGCCCUCCUCAGCCUGCGUGGCUGUUAACUCUUUCGCCAUUUUCUUGAUUUCUGCACACAUGUCAAAACAGUCAAGCUGACGCGCCGCUGUCUAGAGUGACGUCAAUGAUUGUGCAUUGUAAUGCACAAUCACUGACGGUCCCAGAGACUGCUGUCAAUGAUGAUAUAUUCCACGCAUCGUGCAAAUUUAGUCAGCGCCAGCUGGUUAUAAGGAAUUAGCCGGAAUAAGUCUAUCAGAAUCAAACGAAGAAAUAAUUUAAUGAAUAAUAAUUUCCUGUAUUCCAUUAAUGGAUCAAUAUAUAUCGUGCAUCCCCUUUUGUAAGCCUGACUUUGUAUUGGGAUCUACUUAAUAUGAAAUUGGGAACGUGUCAUAUCGACAGCUCACAUAUUCAGCGUACAAUGGAUAUGCUAUUCAUAGUAUAUCUAUGCAGUAAACGUUUCUUUUUCUCUGUUGUUUUAGAUUUUCAUCGUCACGUUUAUCGUCUAUGUAUUUACUGGACAACAACUAAUAGCCAGCAAAGCAUUUUAUGCUUUGUCACUUAUCAAUGUAAUGAGUGUUCCUCUGCUGGCUUUUCCAGAUAUUAUCUCGGCUUUAAUUAUGGUAGGUAACCUCCAAGUAAAUAUAUUCUCUCCUUUGUUGAUUGAAAUUGUGGUGGCUUUUUUCCCGUAAGGGAGGUUGUUUCACAUUUGCCACAAGUUACCUGUCACUUGUACAAAAUGUUUCCUAGAACCGUAUUAUAUCCUUGCCAGGCUCCUGUUUCUUUCUCUGCGGUUUCUUGGUCCGGCAUACUAUCCUAAAACGUACAACUUGUUUUGCAGCAUUUCUGCAAAGCGAGUUGAUGAGCUAUGUUGCGUGCGUUUCAUCACCCGCGAAUCAAACCUGUCUUGUAACGAAUCAGGUUGUUGUUCUUGCAAAAAUUUGUUGCGGAUAAUUAUUAUUAUUGUACUCUUACAACAAAAUCUCUACAUUUUGCGCGAUUUAUAGGCCUAAGGGAAAACUUCUCUUACAGCAACCUCAACGUAACUCUUGUGUAGGGUUGAGUUCCGCUUAAUUUUAUCCAUCAAAAGUCAGCAUUCACUGCACGCAACUUGAAACAACCUCCUUUGUUGCAAGACAGAUUUGAACGUGGGUGGUAAAACGCUCAACAUCGCUUUCCAACUUGUUUUGCGGCAACGUCGCAAAAUUUUACCGUAGCUUUUAUGGAUUGUGAUUUGUUGUUAGUGUUUUUUUUUUUGUUUGUAUCUUUUAAGCUUUUUAAACGUAACAUUCUUAAAUGCUUCAGUAGUUGUCACUGAGUUGAGUGCAAUAUUUACUUAUUCUUAUAUUUCUCAAUUUUCAACUGUUUGUUUUUUGACAGGCUAAAGUUUCUCUUAAAAGGCUUCAGGAUUUUCUGAAUAGUGAGGAACUGGACCCUAGCAAUGUUCAAAAAAUAAAAUGUAAGGCUUAUUUUAAGCGUCAAUUCCUGAAUUAAUGUUAAACGUACACGUUCAAGACGGAAUCUAUCAGGAAAUUGAGUUUUUUAAAUUUUCAGUGGACAAAAACCUUGUACCAGAAUAGUUUAAACAAUAUCGCAUUCUUUUUUUAAAUUUUUCAAAGGCUGUAGAUAUAAUUAGUUAUCUGUAAUAACACCAACGACUAUUUCUCAUGGGAGCCCGAGAAAAUAAAUGCCAAACUUCACAAGAAUUGUGAAAACACAGGUAAAAUUCUGAAAAUUUCGUUUGUAAGAUGUAAAAUAAGAUAAGAAAUUUACAUUGGUGUUACUACAGAUAACUAAUUACAUCUAUAGCCCUUGAAAAAUGUAAAAAAAGAAUGCGAUAUUGUUUAAAUUAUUCUGUGACAAGGUUUUUGUCCAAUAAAAAUUAAAAUUACUCAAUUUCCUGAUGGGGAAUAAACAAAUAAAUAGAUUAAUAAGUAGAUAAAUAAAUGAUACAUUUUGCUUCAGCAACAUGAUGACUUUUCUAACUGUCUAGCGUUUAAACGAUGUGAUAAGGGGUCAUCUGUGAUAAGAGUAAGAAAGACCUAAACAUAACGCAAACAAAGUGGAAACUGUUUAUUCCCCCCUGUCUUUUGCAUUAAUUAUAAAUUGUGUUUUAAUUUUUUGUACAGUUUCCCCUUCUGCAGUUGCCAUAGAAAAUGCUUCAUUCGCUUGGAGCGUGAAAGAUGCGCCUGUGUUACGCCAGUAAGUUUUUACACUCAGUGUUCUCAUUUUUGGUUCUCACUUAUGCUUUUUACUUCGGCGGAGCGCGAAGUACAGGAUUCGCGUCGCUCAGGAAUGUAUCAAAGUUGACUUUUUUGGCAAGAUUGGGCAUGCAAAGUCUGUAGGUUUUCGGUUUUAUUCGGGAAUUUGACGAAGUGAAGGCCGAAUUAGUUCGAGAUACCUGGAGAUCACUUCGAUUUCUUUGUUAUUCGAGGAAGUAUUAUUUUGGCUUGCCCGUGGCUUGAACCGACUCACCGGUGAGACCCUUCAGAUCAUAGGAGACUCUAUGUUGAGGGAUUAGCCGAUUGCGCCACUGAGACCCAAGGUAAUUUGCCGUGAAAAAUAGCUAUGAAAUUAUGCACCAGUAUCGGGAUAAGAUUGGGAGUGCAAGUUCGUGACUUUUCGGCUUGUUUCGGCUAUUUCACGAAAUGAGACCGGAAUUACUUCGAGAUAUCUUGAGAUUACUUUGAGUUUAGUCCCUAAUUUACUCGAGGAAUAAAUGGAGGAUAUUAUAUGGCCGCGCAGAGACACGAAAUUUCUCCUCGAGUGUUGAAAACAUUUCACGAGUAAGCUUAUGAUGAAUUUAAAGUUACAAAAUGCUGCAGGAAGAUGUUUUGUCUUUUUUGAAUGUGACGUUGUAAAAUUGCGUGACCUCUACGUUUUUGGAUUAUUAUGAAUAAUUAAUUAGGGCAUGUUUACAGUUGAUCAUAAGUCAGCAGAUUUGCAUCAUUCAGUUACUGAAAUCAUAAAAUAUGUUGAAAGGCUACUACUAUUAGCCUGUUUAGGAUUUUCUUUAACCUUAUGUGAAACGUUAUAGUCAAGUUCCAAGCGUGUUGUUUUGACGAACCAAGUUUUUUCCAAGAGCUGGAGUGCUGUGUUUAGUCAAGUGUGACGAGGGUACGAUUUCUGACGUUCAAGUGAGAGUUUGUUAUAAUUGGCAGAGGCUGUUUAGUUUUACGUAAGUUCAAGUCAAGUUUGUGUUGGCGGAUGCUGUGUUUUAAAGCCCUGCAUGUUAAUCCGACAUCCUGGCCUCCGUGCUGAUAGUCAGUGAAUAAUUAUCCUCAAAACACUCGAACUCGUAACAUUGAGUUUUAGCCAAUUCCAUGCUCAACGUAAUUGACUCCUUACCCAUACCUUACACAUCUUUACAACAACAACAACAACAACAAAUUUUAUUGAAAAUGGGAUAAAUAUAUAUAAAUAUAUAUUACUAAUUACAUUACUUUCUCAAACUUUCCCAACCGCAAAUAGCUUAUGAACUAAUCGAGGCGGGGGGAGCUGAAGACAUAUUACAAGUACAAGGUUUAUCCAUAGAUGGACUGAAUAACAGUAAAGACACUAAUGACUACAAUACAAUAAAUACAAUAAACUAACAUAAAACAAGGCAAGUACCCAACGAUUACGAAGACAGGCUAACCUAUGUACUAGGGAGCUUAAGUAAAGACGUUUUGAGCGACGCACAUCAACCGGAAGUGAGGCCUUCUCACCAUAUAUAUAUCUUGACGCUAACAAAUUUGUGUUGCUAAGUUUCUUUUCUCUUAUAAGGAGGAUUUACCCGAGAGUUUCAACCAAACCACUCCCCAAUGAUUCAAAGAGUUCACUACUUGUUGACUUCCGUCGCUCAAAAACGCUGCUGCUUAAGCUCCCUAAUAACUUAGUAAGACGUUAGACUUCGACCCCGGGGCGGGGGGUACUCUCCUAUAAAAGGGACAGGGGUGCUCGUCGGAAAAUUUCGACAACACCCCUAAAAGGUACCAGAAUCUUGUUUUAUGGGCGUGUCUAAAAUUCAUUUCCACCCUUACUGCAAAUUUUAAUAGUAGAAAACACGACUUUUGAACACUUUCUUCCCAAGAACUUUUGGAAAGUAUUGUCAUAAACCGUACCGAGACAACUCUGGCAGCAGUCAUUUUCGGUUUUAGCACCCUACGCGGUACCAAUCCCCAAAUUUAAACCCCUAAAAGGUAUGACGAGCACCCCCGUCACUUUUAUAGGGGAGUAUCCCCCCGGGACUUCGACAUAAUCACAGAGAUGCCAACCCCUGCAGAUCUAAAAUCUGGAGACUCUUUUCUUCACUGUUUUCUGUUAUUCUCUUUUUUUACUCUUCUCUUGUUCUUUCUGAUCGACGUUGGUCACAUUGCCUGAUUCACGUUAUUUCCUCUUUUUUGCUGCGUGGGGUGGUUAUGAUGAUAGUGAUGAUGGUGAUGAUGAUGAGGAUUAUGUUGAUACUACUACUACCACUACCAUUAGCCACUAGCCGCCACCACUACCACUAGCCACUACCACUACCCACCACUACCCAGUACCACUUUUCACCACCCACUACGACAAUAGGGAGCUUAAGCAACAACGACGGCGACGGCUACAACAACGUCACUUAAAAAGUAAAUUCACGCUGCCUCAAACUUUAUCGCGCUUAUUCCAUCUCGUUUAAUUCAUCAAAUGUUGGCAAAUUGUUUGGAGUUGAAUUCUAAAGGACUGUAUCAAAGUUCAGGAAAAGAAAAAGAAAGUUGUUGUCUGAGGUUUCCGUCCUUGACAAAACCUGAAAUUAGGCACUUUCACGUUGUAGUCAUGCAAUGACGGCAAAGAAAUGUACAAAAAAGCGUGAUGCACGUGCGAAGUUUUUGUUUUGCUACUAUAAACCCAUUGCUUUUUUUUGCCGUUCUAGUUGCCGUCGCCGUCGUCGUUGCUUAAGCUCCCUAUUACUACUGGAAACGUGGUGGUUAUGGUGGAGAGAAACAAUAAAAUUGUGGUGGUGGUGGUGGUCGAGAAGGAGGAGGAGGAGAAAUGAAAAUGUUGUCUUGAUGGGGCUCGUGGUGAAUGUGGUGAUGAUGAAACUAGGAAGAAGACAAUGAAAAUCCAGGGGGAGGGAUAGGUUUAAUAGGGAAGUACUAUAGCUAGCACACAGGGGUAAUUAUAAGUAGUUUAGUUGUGAAAAUUGCCCUCGUGAGUCUGCACGAAUUGCGUGCCGAGGUUAGUGAACCCGAAGCGGGACCAUAAAACCGGCUGUCACAAAAGUCUUCGAAACCGCUGAUUUCAUUCGCUCUUUCUUCUAAUCCAGGUCAACAGGAUUCAAUAAGAGAGAAAGGAGGGUCUAAAAUAGAGCAAAUACGAUAUACCUAGAUCAUCUUAGUUUUAUUCUAUCAUUUUAAUGUCGGUCUUGUGUUUUAGGAUUUCGUUCAGGAUUCCAAGUGGCUCCCUUAUUGCAAUAGUUGGUCAGGUUGGCGCCGGGAAAUCAACGCUUCUUUCUGCAAUCCUUGGAGAAACGGAGAAAUUGCAAGGACGAGUUUCUGUACAGGUGAGAAUUUUUCGCCCUUUUCUUUUGAUUAGCCAGACAAUUCGAUUUCUGAACAAAUGUUCAGGCAUGUGAACUAUCAUGAUAGCUAUCGUACCGAUUAUUUGCGAUAAAUAUCGUGACUAUCGCAGCGACCGUUGUUAACCUGUUUCGAUUGAAUCGUUGUGAUCGCUUAAGGGUUUUUUUUCGAGAUCUUAGCGCAGCGAUCGUAUCAAUGUGAUGAUUUGACUUGCUAAACAGAUUGAAAAGCCGAAAGAAAGACUUUUCUCCAUUUUUAUUCCGUCCAGUGUUGACAUCUAUUUGACAUCUGUUUGUCUCAUUGAGUUUACAGGGAUCUGUGGCUUAUGUCUCUCAACAAGCGUGGAUUCAGCACAACACCGUGCGAGAAAACAUCUUAUUUGGAAAAGCAUACGAUUCCACUCGCUAUGAACAAGUGAUUGACUCAUGCGCUUUAAGACCAGAUCUGGACAUUCUUCAAGCGGGUGACUCUACAGAAAUUGGGGAAAGAGUAUGUCUACAGAUAUUUCGACGUGAUUGUCACUAUACCCUUAGAUUAAAAAGCAUUUAUUUUAACGGAAACUUGUGUUAAAGUGCUUGCAGAGAUCUUGUGACUUUCCAGUCACUGUGCAAGACGAAGACGCUCAUAUUUGCCUACAAAAAGGGCGAGAAAUACACAUGCAAGCAAGUCAAAGUUAUUGUCUUUUGUCGUGAUCUUGAUUGGUUAAGAAAGUGGCGGGAAAGUUUAGCCAAUGAAAAUGCAAAGCAAUGCGGACUAUUUACUGAUAACGUCUUUGAUUUCUUUUGAAAACAUUUUUAUUGUAGGGUAUUAACCUGAGCGGUGGACAGAAGCAGCGCGUGAGUUUAGCCCGCGCUGUUUACUUUAAUGCUGAUAUCUACUUGUUGGACGAUCCUCUAAGUGCAGUAGAUACACAUGUUGGGAAACACAUCUUUGAUAAAGUUGUUGGUCCCAGAGGAAUCCUAAAAAAUAAGGUUAGUUUCUUUAGCUGUCAAUUCAUUUCUGUGCAGUUUAGCAGCUAUAUACAGCGCAAAGGUAACAUAAGAAACCGUUAGAUUCGAGGACGAGGUUUGUCUCAAAGUUUUUUCGCGUAUUCACCAAAAAAUUCAUUCUACCCUUUUUUCACUAGAAAAGUUAACAUGGUUAUUUUUGCUGAAGGAGGUUAAGCCUUCUCCGCAUCGUAAAAUGAUCAGUAAAACUUCUAACAUUUGAUAACUUUUUUCCGCCACUGCGAUAUUCUCGUUUAAACCCGUACUAGAAUGACGACGGCUAUUGCGUUUUCCCGCCAAAUGGCGCUGAUUCAUGCGCGCACUACUUAGUAUUUGAGAAAAUGUCGUCCGCGUAGUGGUCCUUGUCUUAGAACUAAAGGUCUGAAUUGUCUUCUUCGCCUGAGCCAUUGAUUGUUAUUUUGGAGAAUAAUGAGGCACUUAUGGAACACUCGCGGUACUAGGGUACGCUCCUUUUGGAUGAUCGGGAUCAGGAUCAGUGAUCCGACAUCACUCGUAUCGUGUUAGAUCAAAUGAACCGAUUAAUCCUUUUCCAGAGUGGAUUCAUCAGUUCAUUUGAUCUACCAUGAUCUCACCAUACCUAAUCCUGAUCCGUAUCAUCUCAAAGGAACGCACCUUUAGGUCGCUUUCUGUUUAGGGGCCAAAUACAAGGGGUGGGGCGAGCUCGGUUUGCUGAGGUGACUUUUGUCCAGGUAUUCCAUUAAUUGAGCAAGCCCGGAGCCGUCGUAUUUACUGAGAGAUCAGAAACAGAGCGCAUGAGCUUUCCUGUUGCUGAUUUGGUCCGUGGGGCUUGCCCGGCGAGCGUCAUUGCAAGGGAAAUUUCCAGCCCCGUCUAACACUGAUGGACCUUUUAUCUUUGUAGGGAUCUUGUAACUUAUGGCCCGGUAACUAAAUUGAUUCUGUUUAUCCCCAGCUCAUGCUAUGUUUAUCACCAUCUAACACUGAUGAGUUUCUUUGCUUGUAACUUAUGGUUAUUGUUAUUGUAAACUUUACGGAUUGCUGUUUAUCUUUGUAGACUCGCUUGCUUGUAACUCUUGGUAUUAUGUAAUUAACGUUACUGAUUACUGUUUAUCUUUGUAGACUCGCUUGUUUGUAACUUAUGGUAUUAUGUAGUUAACACUGAUUACUGUUUAUCUUUGUAGACUCGUUUGCUUGUGACUCAUGGAGUUCACUUCUUACCUCAAGUUGAUCAAAUAAUCGUCAUUGACGAUGGAAGGAUUUCAGAGGUUUGUUCGACGUUACAUUACCUUUCCCCUUUGCCCGCAAAAAGUUAUGUCGAGAAAGAAUCUGAUAGUGCUGUAGUAAAAAAAAAGCGGAUGAAGGCUCUUCGUUUCUCGCUUUCGUUCCAAUGUUCUCAACGAACUCGCGCGGAAAUGCGUGCUAUGCGGGCCCCGUAACAGUACUGUAAAGUUAAGCAUAAGCAUUUUCUUCUUCUUUAUUGACUUUUCCAAGGGUAGUUCUUGAAAAAAUCGGACAUCUUUACACCUUGUCCACAGGUAUAUGUUUAAAUUUUAAGUUUAAUGCAUAUGCAAACGUGUUCGUUUACGGGUUUUGCCUACGCCAAAAAGACCUAAACGAUCGUAAAUAUUGUUCUGCUUUAGUAAAAACAAUUAAAGAGAUAAAGUUGGUCAAUUUUAUAUGGUAUUUGUUUAAAAGUCUUUUAGCUGCUAAAAACUGGUGUGGAGCAAUUGCUGCAAAUUUAAAAUAAAGUAGCCUACGUAGUAAGCGUUUCCAGACAGGUUUGUUGAGAAAGUGGGGAACCAGAGUUCUCUUUCAAACUUUCUCAGGCGAACGACGCAUGGAAAACGCUUUCUACGCAGGCUAAAAACGGUAUUUUAACUGCUGUUUUAAAUUUAUUUUUUCAGUGCGGGACUUACUCUGAGUUGUUAGCUAACUCGGGGGCAUUUGCUGAAUUUCUACAUACUUACGCAUCAGAAAACCAUUCCCCAAACUCUUCAGGUAAUUAAGUGAUGAGUUACUGAUCCUUUAGAGUGACAUCAAUUCUCACCAUCUUGUUUUUCACGUUUUAUACAUGGUCAGAUAGUUUCAGAGAAGUACCAUUUAACCAUACACAGAUGAAAGGUAUUUUUAAAACUGCAUCAUUGCCUGAUGCAGUUCCAGAGUUAUAAUUGGGUUUUAAAAAGCGGACACAGUGUGCAUGUGAUUAUGCCCACACUCUAGACGAACGUCUUUUGGCCUUUCUUGCCAAAGUUAAACGUGUACCGUCUUGGCAGCGCUUUUAGUCCCCUUUAUUUUAAAGUCAUUGCAUUAAGCGCUUUCAACGUGAGCUUCCGCUAGUUAACUCAAUGUUUUGUUUGUGGUGGAAGUGGUCUAGGCUUUUUAGCUAAUUUACUGGUUUCAUGUUUAUUACUUGUUUGAAACAGUUUAUAACAUAUAAGAGGACAAAGUUCCAUUCUGGUAGGGGGUUAUCAUUGGGCUAGCUUGUAUUCUAACGCAUGGCCGAGAAGGUGAAUUCGAGGCCACCUAGAAACAAAUCCACCUUGGAACAGGGCUCGAAUUCCAAGGUGCCAAACGCUCGGCUUCGGUGCCUCCCUGACCUUGGAAUCUAUAGAAAUCGUCUCGAUACAACAGGUACUCGCCAUGGCACGAGGGGCAUUCGAGUUACUUUAACAAGUCCUAGUAAUUUAACCAUGCAGUCUAAUAAUUUCUUAAGGGGUCUGUUUCGCUAAAGUUCGUGCGUUUGAGAAAUUACAAGAAUAACCUGCAUACUGGUUCUUGAAUAUACGAGAGGCUUGCCGAAAAGAGACUUAUUGUGUCCUUCAAACUUUUUUCAUGAUUUUCCAGUUUGUUUUGUGUAUGCAAUUAAUUGAAGUUUCAUAUUUUUCGACAGGACAGCUCGAGAGGUCCAUUAGCAGAGACGCCGCCAGGACUUCCACCUCUGCUAAUGUUGAUGCAGUUAAGGAUUUACGAAAACCGGAUGAAGAAGAAAAAGGAAAAAUUAUUGACAAAGAGAUAUCGGAGACUGGAAGGGUAAGGUCACGUGAAAGACUACAACAUUUGACCUCAUCAGUCAACCUUGUCCCCAGGUCUUUUCCCUAAAAAAUUGGAGGUGCGCUGUUACAAUGAUGUGGGCAUCCUCGCGUUUUGGACAUAACCAUUCCCAAAACCCUUCUCGGGCAUCCCCUUCUCAUAUUACCUUAGCGAUUUGGGUUAGGGUUACGGGGGAUGCCCAUAUCAUUAGGGUUUUGGGAAUGGGGAUGCACUUAUCACUGUGACAGCGCCCCUCCCAUUUUGUAAGAGAAAAGCCCUGGAGACGAGGUUGCUUAUCAUUACGUAUACCAUUGGGUUGGGGUGUCAGUAUAACGUUGACUUGGGGUCGGGGUAGGGAGGCGGGGAGGGGUUGGGUAGGGGUCGGGGUCGUCUGUUGUUUUCUUCUAAAUAAAACAUGAAACAGAAAAUGUAACAAAAGAACAAUGGACCCUGACCCGCAGACCUCAAAUUGGUGUUUUACAGACACGCAUUGGGAUCACGGUCAGUAUCUCGUGUACCAAGAAAUGUCACAAAAAGAACAUCAGUGAAACGUCAUCUCAUGAGCGUGAAACCUAAAUUUACUCUUAGUAAACAGUUAUUAGGAAAACCUCUAUAGAACAUCAACAUCUUUUUAUUGUUGUUGUUUUAGGUGAAAUUUUCCGUUUUGCUUUCUUAUCUAAAGUCCAUGGGUAUCUGUAUCACGGUGGCUACUAUAAUCUUUGCUUUGCUAAUGGAAGCUUGCAAAGUUAGCACUAGGUUUUGGCUAGCUUACUGGAUCAUUGAAACUAAACCGACAAAUGAUCCAAGAAAUUUUUAUGUCGGCGUCUAUGGUGGAAUCACACUUGGUCAAGUACUAUUCUCCGUUCUGACGUUUACAUUGAUUGUUGUUGGAGCACAGCGUGCCUCACGAAGGUUGGUUUUGUUUUCUAGGCUUUAAGUAUUAAUACUCGUCACGUUAGAACCUGCAUGCUGGUCGCAAAAUGGGAUCUCGCUGCAUCGGUGUUUUGAUAUCCUCCAAAAUGGAAUUUGAGAUAUUUCUUAAAGUUGGAUUUUGCCUGCCUUUAGGAGAAAAAGAUGGCUAAUAGGGAGCAUAAGCAACCACGACGGCGACUGCCUCGGCAGGCCAAUAAUGAUUGGGUUUUAUGGGGCUGUUUACAUUGAGGAAGGUAGAUCCUAGAAGAAGGAUCAUCCUAGCCGCCGUAUACCUGCAAACUCUCACGCAUUAUGCGUGAGUUUCACGCUUGCGGGCUAAAGAUAUAGAUCUCACGCCUGUUCACGCAUCAAGGACAGUCUCUCACGCUUGACCCACAAAUCCGGACGUUCAUGUGUCCUUUAACACAUUAUUAAUGACGGAGAUUAGCUUUAUCCCAACACUCUAAAAUCUCGCCAUUGAAACAGCUUGAAGUGCUCAAAGGUCGUCGGAACAUCUUUGGACAUUUUUGGCAACGUUCGGUAGUGUUUGGAAAUUCUGGUCAUCACGUGACGAAAAACACGCAUUUGACUCAGCGCUGUAUAUUUUCUAUAUUCAUUUGACAUGGAAAAGGUUGUGCUUUACACUAGCGCUCGGCAAAUCUUCCUCAGUUCCUAGAAAUAGGAUUCUUCCUAGCUGAAAGGAAGGAAUACAAUGUACGUGCGGAUGAGUUGAAAGACGAUCACGAUCAACGAUGAAAUUUCUGCUUGUAAACAUAAUGAAAAGUUGUUCUGCUUUCUAGGGUCUUUCUGGUGCUGGGAUCUUUCUCCCUCCACGUAAAAAGCCCCUAUGAGAAAAAGAGAAGCGCUGCACGUGCAUCACACUUUUUGGUACAGUUCUUUGACGUCCACUGCAUGACUUCUACGACGUGAGAGUUUCUCAUUUAUUUCACGUUUCAUGGAGGACGUGAACACACGACGACGAACUCUCUUUUCUAUUUUGAAUUUGGUUACAGCCCUUUUUUUCAGAUUAAAAGAACUGAUAACUCCAGGAAAAUCGCGUACAUUUGCCUAACCUGAGACCAGGCUCCGCAGUGGGGGAAAAAGGCAAAAAAACGCGGUCAAAUAAGAAAAAUAUCGGCGAGCGAAGCUAUCCGAGCGGGGUCACCCCCACCCCAGUUGAACCUCCAUUAAGCGGCUACCUAUUACGCGGCUACCCUCUCUUUUAAGCGGCCAGUAUUCAAAGUCCCGAAAUAAUUGUAGAAAAGAAUGGUAACUUAAACCCCUAUCAACUGCGUCCGCGGCCACCUUUUAGCCGUCCCAACGAGAGUUCUCCCAUUGUUGUCAUCUCUAUUAAGCGGCCAUCAAGCGCUUGAUACACUUAGUUUGGCAUUAUUUCAAGAAUACGAUGAAGGAAAAUACAGUCCAGGGUAGAAGAUGUUGACUGAUUGUGGACCAGUAAUGCUGCUCCCUUCGCGUGUUUGUUCCAAAAUAAAGUGAUGUCUCCGCUAAAGAUUAUACUAGUUUAUGACAAACCUCUAUUGACCGGCCAACCUCCAUGAAGCGGCCACUUGCCGGUGCCCCGAGGGUGGCCGCUUAAUGGAGGUUCAAGUGUAUAAGGGAGCGUUAAUAUAAGAAAAAAACUUCGACCCCUUUGCCCGAGCCAUCAGUGCUCGCGCAUGCUCUAAUUGUCUCGCCUUAACCCAGUUGAUCCAGCUGGGCGAUCCAAAGUGUUUAUAUGGCAGAGAAUAGUUGGUCCCGCUAGGAGGGUGUCCCUUCCAACACCAAAGCGUGACCUGUUAACUCGCCUAGUCGAGACAAUCAGAGCAUGCGCGAGCGCUGUUGGCUCGGGCAAAGGGGUCGGCUCGGAGGUUGACCCUACCCGUGGUUGACCUGGUUUUCUUCCAUAUAAAGGGGCCAUACGGCCUUCUUAAGUUAAUUUCACUUAUGUUUUGUUCUCGCUCUUCGCAGGUUACACAAUAAACUUCUAGAAAACAUCAUGCGGGCUCCAAUGAGCUUCUUUGAUACAACACCUCUUGGGAGAAUUGUGAACAGAUUUUCCAACGACAUGGACGUCAUUGAUGAGGGUUUAUAUCAAAUUUGGUCGCUGUUUUUGUCGGUUCUGUUGGACAUGUUUGGAAUAAUCGUAGCGAUUGGUUAUACUACUCCGCUCUUUUUGUUGGUAUUACCGCUUCUUGGAGCGCUCUAUUUUUACUUUCAGGUAAAAAUUUUUUCGGCGUUUUUUUUAAGAGAAGGCAACUGUGAUGUCUCACUGCAUCCGAUACUAGAAGACUAAAUUCAUAUAUUUUUUGUUCCAUGAAAAAGUCUCUUUUUUCAUACGCAGAGCCCUUGUUCCUUUGCAAGAGCAUUGAAAACCAUAUGAAUGGAAGGGUAUGGAGGGAUUACGAAAACGGAGUUUGUGAUUGGGGAGAGAUGGACCUUUGAAACUCUAAGUUAGCCCAUUUAGUAGCUUGUGUUACUGCAUUCAGUCAGGACCAUGAUAAUUACUGCAUUCAGUCAGGACCAUGAUAAUAGCCAUAUUCUUUCAAACCAAAAGUAAAAAAAUUACUCAUUUUAUUAUUUUCUAUAUACUGAAAUUAUACUUUUGGUUUGAAAGAAUAUACAAAAUUCUACAGGUAAAUGUACGACCAGGAUUUUAUGGCCCAACGGUGGUCGUAUUAACAAGUUCAACUAUAUACAAUUAUACAAAAUUUUGUUCAAGUUCGGUGAUUUCGUUUGUUCGCUCGGUGACCGUUUCGGUCGUUUCGGUCGUUUCGUUUCUUUUGACAAUUUCAUUUCGGUUUUUAGUACAUGCCCUAUAAAAGUUAUAUAUUUGCCUCCGUUUUAUUAUUUCCCGCAGAAAGUUUUUGUGGCUUCUUCAAGGCAACUAAAAAGAAUUGAAUCAGUGAGGCGUUCACCGAUCUACAGUCACUUCUUAGAGACAAUCAACGGUGCAUCCACCAUCCGGGCAUUUUCACAACAGCGGCGGUUCAUCCGGGAUAAUUAUCACAGAACAGAUGAAAAUCAAGUUGCUUACUAUUUAUCUAUAGCUUCCAACAGGUAAGGUAAACAUAGGCACGUUUUACGUGCAUGAGCUUUUUUGAAUGCUUCACUGUAACAGUAUCGGCAAUCUACUGUUUUAAUCCGAAAUUAAGGCUAUGUUUUGUGCGAAAUUGCGUAUUGCUGUACGUUAAUGAAAACGACAACCGCUGCGCAUAGCUGAUUCGUUCCUCAUACUACAGAUUCACUUUUCUUUGUCUUUCCUUCAGACAUCUGGUGCAAAAUAAACAAAUUGUUCAAGUCCUAUGAAUAUCAACUAACCAAACGUUGCUUACAGGGAAGACUCGAAGGUGUCAAGGUUUCUUAAAAUAAUGAAGCUCGUCGAAGACCGGUUAAGUUGAGAAAUAUCAUUAUUUUCAUCAUUGUCGUAGAUUGUUGCAUCAUCAUUAUUCACUAGGUUGUCACGUGCAAUUCUACUUCAGUGAAACAGUCUUUAACUCUAACGACUUAAUUCUAAAAGAGUUAUAAGUUGUUGCCUCUUAAGAGAAAAGAGCCUUUGCUUAGGCACAAGUUACAAAACUAAACAUUUCUUCAUACGUUCAAGUUACUAUUAUUACUGUGAAAAGCCAGUCUGCAUGAGAUGAUCUCAUGUUAAGAUCUCAUGCAGUGUAGAAUCACACAGUUUGCACGUGAAAGUGUCUGACUUUGUUCCUUUCAUGGUUCGUACGUGAGGGAAUUCGAGUUAUCACACUAGUAAUAAUCUAGUAAACAGAAUUAUAAAAUCACUCAUACACACAAUUUGCUCGUGAAGAUGUUGGACUUUGGCCCUUUUACAAUUCGCAAAACGUAAAUUGUUUACUAGGAAUUUUUCUCCACCGAUUUUAAAAAAUCACCUGGGCUUCAUUACAACAUCUGCAAUUAAAUUAUGCUUUAUGCAACGUCAAGGUUGAUAGCCUAACAUUUAUUAACUUCCAAGAAAAUUAUCAAACUGCCGACAUAUAUGUCUACUCAUAUCAUGUUGUUCCACUCAAUAAAACAAUAUGUAAUUGUUUUGUCAACUACCUUCUUCCAAUUUAAUUCCCUGACCGCUACCGUUUCGACUAAAGUUACGCAUCUUUACUAAUAAAAUAAAGUACGUUUUCAUAACUAUAACAACCCUCAAGCAGUAAGCAUGUAUCGUAUGUUCCUCACCUAAUUCAUUUUUUUUUUCGGUACGAAAAAGGUCUGUUGAACUUUGUAAGCGAGAGAAUAAAGCUUGUUUACGGGAUUAACAAUACUCGCCUUGACUUUCAGACUUCUAAAACAACAAUUUAUAGGCCGCAAUCUUCCAUAUUUAAAUUUCAAUUAUUGUUUCAUUGGAAGAACUUUGAAAAAUAUAUGAUCUUUUAUACUCUACGUUAAAGCAGGUGAAACAGAACUCAUAAACUAUGAAAUACAUGCGUUGUACCGUUCGCUGUAGCCGAAUUAGGCCAAAUGUCUUGAAGCAGCACCUACACCAAGAUAUGGACCCGUCAACAGCUGUAUCACUGUACUCAGCGUUUGGAUCAUGAAGAUAUCUCAAUGUUAUACUUCACUUUUAGCCGUAAUAAAAGACGUAAAAAUUGUGAAGAAUCACGAUGGCGGUCUCUAAGUGCCCUUGUUUGACCUUAAGCAAUGUCAUUAACGCUUAGACGCCAAAAUCUCAUUGGUUCCUACGUAUCAACUCAUAGUACGUUCAACCUUAUUGGCCCCUGCAACAAACAUCCAAACAUACAAAGCUACAAAGCCACAAAGAUACAUACGCUCACACCACUGACAUAUGAGCUAUUUUUUUCAAAUUAGCUCAACAAUGUAAGGUCCUCUGAGGGUUUUCAGUUUCCUCUACCUCAAACAGUUUAGUUUACAUUCAGCUAAUUUGUGCGAUUUUCCAACUGUGACAAAAUCGCGCGUGUACUCAACAAAUUUUCAUGCGGGGAGGCUCCGCCCCAAGGUCCAACCCCUCACCCUUUUAUAUACCAUUUUUCACGAAAUAGCUACCCCUUUCGUAUUACCUUCUAUUGACAAAUGGUACCCCUUCCACAUACCUUGUUUAGAAAUUUGCAUCUCUUCUAACUGCUGUCUUUCAAUUAGGAAUCAAUCACACAAAUAGAACGUUUUCUCGAAUUUAUAAAACCAUAAAAUUCAUUUUUUAGCCCUUUGGGCCCUUUCACAGACCCAAAUGGCAGAUUUCCCUACCCUUUCGUAUACUUCCUACCCUUUCAUAUACCUGAGGCCUGAAAAAGGUACCCCUUUCGGGCGGAGCCUCAGGCCAUUAUAGGGAGUACCCCCCCGGACAAAAUGCGCUUUGUUCAAGUAAGGAGCAUUAAACAGAAAAAUCAAAUUUAGGGAGGGUGGGUUUGAGGGUAAAGUGGUGGUGAGAGGCAUAACCUUUAAGUUGGUUCUCAACAUGUUUUUAACUACCCGGGUUUGCGAUUAAGGUCAGAUCACUUAAAGCUUAAACGUUUCUCCACAGUUGGCUUCCUGUUCGUCUACAUUUUAUUGGGGGCUUCUUAACAUUGUUUGCGGCAUUGUUUGCUGUUGUUAGCAGAGAUUCAAUCUUCAGUGCAUUAGUGGGCAUGUCAUUAACGUUUUCUUUAGAGGUAAGCAAAAUAUAUUUCGUUAACAAGAAAAUUGGGCAUAUUUUCUUCUGUUAAAAGUUUCAAUAAAUUAUCGUCAGAUUUAUAGCUCAUACCUUUCAUCUGAUUAAUCAUUUUGUAGUUUGUAAGUUACAGGACUUGAGAAUGCAUUUAAUUCCUUUUGUGUGAUUACUCCGAUUCCAGAAAAAAACGGAAGUUUCAUGGAAGUGAGGCUUAAUAGCCCUCGCGGCAAAUUUAAAAGAACUAACAUGGCGCCUGAUCAAGUUGAUCUUACAGAGUUACUCCAGGGGACAUUCCUGGUGCUGGCUUUAGUCAAGAAGAGAUGGGAAAAUUGACCGUUGCUCAAGUAACCUUUUGGUUAAAAUGCCUCUCUAUCAAUCAAAAUGGCAGUAACAUGGAACUGUUGGAUAGGUGUACAUCAUCCAGCUUCGCGCGAUCGAUCAGCUCUUUAUGUUGUUUUUUUUUAACUACAAGUGUACAUGGCGGUUUAGACACGUGUUUUCAUACAUAACUUGCCUUCUCAGGGUCAAAAACCUACUGACCCAGUGAGGAGCUUCACUAAAGCAAAGUCAGCGAGACAAUGAAGAACUGAGGGAAAUGGGAAACCGCGAGUGAUGCAGCAAACCAGUUCGAGAACUUCCCACCUUUGAUUCAGCAUUUGGUGAUUACUUUGCCUUCCUUUCCACGUUCGUUCCGACUGAUACAUUAGAACAUCUAAAGUACUGUGGAAAGAACACCAGUCUACUGAUGUCGUUGCAAAGUUUGCAAGUUCUAAAGGGCUCAGAAUGCUCUCACUUUUGGUGGAUGAUGUUAUUUACCUUAGAAUGCUUUACUGGGCCUCCUAUAGGAAAUCUGAUAAAUAUAUCAUAUCAUAUGAGUUAGCUUACCCCAGGCUCAGAGAUGCCUAUAUAGGUAUGGUUUUUAACUUAGCACAAACAAUCAGAUUUGUAUCAGAACCCGGCAUACGCAACUUCCGUCCAACUAUUGUGUCAAGUAACUUGAUACGAUACGCAUCAGGGAUUAUUUUCGAAAAAUCGAACAGCAGGAUUUACGUUUUGAAAAUUUUGUUUCAAUCUUUCAACUGAUUCUAGGUUUAACUUACGCGAUUUUGAUAGUCUUGGAUCAAACAGCCUGGGAUACACACCUUUCUUCCUUGGAUGUCGGAGGAACGGCGGGGUUUAAAAAGUCUCUCUGUCAUGAUUAGCUUUUGUUGUACAAUCCUCUUUCCUGGUAUUCCCCAUUUUCUAGGUUUGAGGUAAAGAUACGGUUAUCAGUGAGUUGAACGUUCUUGUUUCUGGAUAUGUCAUCCAGUUUACAGAUUACCACCAUCACAUGGCAGCAACAAUAACUUUUUCCGGCUGGGCAUAUUUUGUCACACUCGGCAGCUAGAAUUCUGGGUUUACCGUUCCUCUGAACUAUCCCAUUUUGACUUUGGUUUUAUACAUAUUUCCUGUAGGAGGCCCAGCGAAGCGCUCUAAGGUAAAUAACAUCAUCCUCGGAAUUUGGACUCGCAAACACUUGGAGGUCGUGAACAAAUGAGAGCAUUCUGAGCACUUACCAACUCGGCAACGGCAUCAGCAGAUUUCCUGGUGUUCUUUCCACUGUUAUUUAGGUGUUCUAAUGUCUCAGUCAGAACGAACUUGGGAAGGACGGUAAAAUCAUCACCAAAUGCGGAAUCAACGGUGGGAAAGUUCUUGAAGUGGUUUGCUGCAUCACUCGCGUUUUCCCCAUUGUCCCUCAGUUCUUCAAUCUGUCUCUCUAACUUUGCUUUAUAUAGUGAAGAUCCUCUCUGGGUCAGGGUCAUAUAUUUUUAGAUUUUCAUUGCUUGCAGGUUCUAGACCCUGAGAAAGCAAAUUUUGUAUGAAAACAAGUGUCUAAACCACCAUGUCAACUACUUGUAGUUGAAAAUAAACAGCGUAUAAAACAGCUGAUCGAUUGCGCGAAGCCGGGUGAUGUGCAUCUACCUUUCCAACAGUUCUUGUUAUUACAAUUUUGAUUUAUGCAGAGGCAUUUUAACCAAAGCUUUGGUUGAGCAAUGGUCAAUUUUUCUAUCUCUUUUUCAAUAAAGCCAGCUCCAGGAAUGUCGACCUCUGGAGUAAGAUCGACUUGAUCGUCCGCCAUGUUGGUUCUUUUAAAUUUGCCGCGAGGGCUAUUAAGCCUCACUUCCUUACAACUUCCGUUUUUUUCUGCAAUCGGAGUAUUGCAAUACUAGGAAUUCAGCUCGUAAUACGUUUUUUGUGUAAGCUCCCCAGUUGUAGUAUUCAGGCUGUUCAGCAGGAACUAAUAAUGCUUUUAAGUUCGUGGAAAAUUCCAACGUUAUAAAAAGGAUAAUUUUUACUUCUUUUUUUAGACAACAGAGGUUCUCAACAUGUUGGUUCUUAUGACAAGCUUAUUGGAAACCGAGCUUGUUUCUGUUGAAAGAGUAAAAGAGUAUUCGGUAAUAGAUACAGAGGUAAACCGAAAAUUAUUUCAUUACAUUUUUAUGCUAAAUGUAUACUUAUCUUAUUCCUUCCUUCUAUAUCCAAUUGUUUGGGUUUUGACUUUUGUCCCUACUUAAAAUAAGUCAGACUGAACUAUCUCAUUAAAUGGUUUAAACAGCAUAAAGUGAACUGGAUAACCCCCUUAUGUUUUAAAAAUCUCUAACAAACAAUUUUGAAUACACGGUGUCACUAAUUAUCUUACUUGCACAAUAAUUGCCUUUCAUAGUUAUUAUUGGACGUUAGUGGUUAAUUAAUAGCUCUCGGUUUGCGGGCUUUAGAGGCGUCCGAAUUGUAACAAUUUGUCCUUUCGUUCCAUAGAUGCCGUCAGAGGUUAAUAAGAAUACCACUUAGUUUCCAAACUUGAGUUAACUUAUUAAUCAUUUUUUUCUAAUUUUGGUGUCGUUGAACCAAAAGCUAAGAUGAUUACAUUGACCAAUCUAAAAAUUUGCUGAAAAGCAAGGUGGUCAAUCAGAACCUUGCAGCAAAUGCUCUGUGACCAAGUCAUGAUUUUUCCGUUCUCAUUGGCUCAUUGUCUUAGCAAUGCAAAGUAAUUAAAAACUGCUUGAUUAAAAACAAAGUAUUUGAUUUUCUUUCAAAUAGGCUGAGUGGAUUAAACCAGAUAAUCGACCCCCAGAUGACUGGCCUAACACUGGUGGUGUUGUUAUAGAAGAGUUUGACUUGAGAUAUAGGGAAGGGUUGCCUCUUGUACUUAAACAGAUCAAUUGUGAUAUUAAACCUGGGGAAAAGGUAUUACAACUAUUAAAUGUCUACAUUCAACUUCCUUGGUGUUUUCCUGUUAGGAGGCUAGUCAACACUACUGAUUUUUACAUGAAGUUUUUUUCUUGUGUUUAAAGCCCUUUAUUUCAAUUUUGAGCAGGUUAGCUGUCUGCUUCACUGCGUGGCAUCAUCAUCGUCAUCAUCAUCAUCACCAUCACCUUUAUAAACAUCAUGUUCAUUUUCAUUAUCAAAAUCAUUAUUGUUAUAGUAGUCUGAUAUCAUGGGUGACCAUUUACUGCAGAAUUCUGGCGCGAAAUAUGGUCGUAAAGUUUAUAAUAUUACGUGUGAUAUUAUCAAACUGCCGUUGGUAAUGAUUCCUAUAUCUCAGUGCCAAGAUGGCGUAUAGGUUAAAAGAUAUUACGGAUGAAGAUAUUACGGCAUUGAAAGACGUUACAAAAAAGGGAAAGAGCAUAAAUUAUAGUCAACAAGAAGAUCCUAAGGGGCUAAAUCCAGAAAUUGUAAACGUAAGCUAAUAUGUCUGCUUUCCCACCCUUUUGACAAAAAGUAAUUAGUUUCAUUCUAUUUACAGCUUUUAUUCGUCACCAUCAGAUUAUCCAUACCUACUAUUACCAUAGAAUAUCCGACUUAGAAGUAUAACUCGAGCCCAAACUUGGGUGUGUCUCAGGCGAUCGUCAUUCAGAUUUCGUUUUUAACUCGUGUAUCGAGUUACUCUUACUGGUGUAAAGCGAAUAGUUUGUUAUACCGAGGACUUCGUUAUAGAGAGGUUCGUUAUAUCAAAGUUCGGAAAUGGAUUCAGACGCUAAACGUACCAUUUUAUUGUUGAAAAUGAAAAGUAGAUUUUCUGAUGAACACUCGAUUGUAAAUUAUGGAAAUCCUGUUUCGUGAAGUCAUGUUCUUGCGAUGGCGGAGAAAUUGUAUACAUUUGUAUACAUGUCAAGUGAUCGAACUUAGUUCAGUUUAUUAUAUUAUUCUUUAUCUUUUUGUCAUUAGGCCUUGCAACAAAGUGAUAAGUUCUUUUUCUUUUUACAGAUCGGUGUUGUGGGCCGCACUGGAGCUGGAAAAUCGUCCCUGACUUUAGCUUUGUUUCGCAUUCUGGAAAGGGCUGGAGGAAGGAUUUUAAUUGAUGGAAUUGAUAUCGCUACGAUUGGACUGCAGGAUCUACGCUCUAGACUCACUAUCAUUCCGCAGGUAAUAUCAAAGGCACGUACUUAGAGUCAGAUACCAUUCUGGGGAAAGCUUCAAAAAUAAUCCUAAGUAACUAAAUAGAGGCUUUGUACCAGUGGACUUCCGUAAGCUCGAUGAUUAUUCCUGAUCAUCCUAAGCAUGUAUAAGAAGUGCAUGUUGUACUGGGGUAAAAUAUUCUCAGAUUAAAGCAGUUUUCAACCUAGUUUGAUUUAAAGUUUCCUUUUUUUCUUAACCAUAAUUAUCUAUCGGAAACAAGGGAGAUUCUGCUUAAGCAUGAGAAGGGGUUUUAGCCGAGCAUGCACACAUUGCUAUCACUUUCCUUGGAAAACUGUGCCAACAUCAAUGGCUUAGAUACGUAUAAGACAGUGAAGUGAUAAAGAACAUUGCAUUCGUACACAGCCACGUCUACGUUGCAGGCGUUAAUUCCCUCUAAUGGGAAACCCUGCUGGGAUCCGUUUCUCGAAACUUUCGUUAACUUUUCAGGCCUGAAACCAAAUAUUCAAAUAGAAAUUUAAAGAAUAUAAGCGCAGAUAUCACAAACUAGUCCACGUUGUUUUGUUGACUGACAGCUUUAACAUACUAUCUGCAAAAGUAUUGAAAACAUGAUCCUGAGUGUAAGCACAACAGCUUUCCGGGUCCGGUAAUUAUCGGCCCUGCCUCGACUCGACGAAACAAAGGAUUUUUGCGCCGUCGAAUCGAUGCGUUAGACAUUUUAAUGGCCACACUUUUUUGAGGUAUAGAUGUCGACAUCCUCACAACAUAUACCUAUCCCAUCAUUUAUUCCUACAUUAAUGUAUUUGAUGACAUCAUACAGCCUUAACACGUACAUGAGUUUAACUACCUGUUCACUGAGGGCAAGAAUAACGGGCGAUAGUGACCCCUCACUGAAGAUUGAUUAAGUUCUGUUUAAUAGCAUAUUUUUGCUUAUACAGGAGCCAGUGUUGUUUUGCGGAAGUAUCCGUUUUAACUUGGACCCCUUUAAUAAACACAGUGAUGAAGAACUCUGGACGGUUAUGGAAGUUAGUCAUUUAAAGAGCUUUGUAUCGGGACUAAAUGACGGACUACAGCACAAGAUAACAGAAGGAGGAGAGAAUCUAAGGUGAAUCACGUGUACAUUUUCGCUAACUCCCUAUUUGGGAAUAUAGCUGAAUAGUAUCUAGGGUCAAUUUUUUUUGCCGCCAAAUUAUGUUCGCUAUUGAGCUUAUUAAAAGUUCGGCAACUUGGCAGGACUUUGAGGGAUUCAAAAGCUCCUUGAGACUCUCCGGAGUUUUCAUUUCCAUCAAGAAUUCUUUGCUUAAGAAGUCGUUGUAACCAAUUUUGCGGACGUGUAAUUUGGCUGGCGAGGGACGUGCGGGUUGAGGUAUUCUAUCUAAAAAGAGAAAAGCUGAAAGCUCUGGACCACGCAUGAAAAAAGUAGACGUCGUGUACCCCGUCUCAAAUUCAGUGUUGAAUUGCUAUCGUUAAACAUACUGUUGAUGUGGAGGUUUCACGAUUUAUCAGUGAUCAGGUCCAAAAUUUUCUUCCCCUUGGCAAUUUAUCAGCUUGGAACGACAAACAAGGGAGUGAUGAAAAGCCAGCGUGAGCCCAACCCAAGCUAUUUGCCCAUUGGGAGCUCUGGGGAAAAGAUCUCUUGUAACCAUUCCUAAUAUUAGACCAUUAAGACAGUCUCCACUUUUUCACAGUGUUGGUCAGCGGCAGUUGUUGUGUUUAGCACGUGCGCUGCUGCGUGACAGUAAGAUUCUUGUUCUUGAUGAAGCCACAGCCGCGGUGGAUCUGGAAACUGAUGAUCUCAUUCAACAGACGAUUCGGCGCGAGUUCGCUGACCGCACAGUGUUCACCAUUGCACACAGGCUCAAUACUAUUAUGGAUUAUGAUAGGUAA